UCCUGUUUGGGUUUUCGACUUUGCCCUUAACAGCAGUAGGAUCAGAUGUGAGCGGUGUUUAUGUGAAAUAAUGGGGCUGAUCUUGUUUUGUUGGGUUGCUUCGCUCUUGUACCAGCAGAUUUGUGCUGCACCAAGUAAUGAGGGCUUUAAAAAGAGACCUCUGCUGGAUAUAAGUAAAUUCUGGCAUAUCUCUGACCUGCACAUCGAUCCUACUUACCACAUCACCGAAGAUCGCACCAAAGUGUGUUACUCCUCGAAGGGCUUUCCUGCAUCCGAUCCAGGAAUCUUUGGAGAUUUCAUGUGCGACUCUCCGUACCAGCUCAUUCUGUCUGCCUUCAGUUAUAUGAAAAACGUGGACCUCGAGCCUGAAUUUAUGAUCUGGACUGGAGACAGCCCUCCACAUGUUCCAGCAGAUAAGCUGUCCACAGACACUGUGAUAAAUAUGAUCAGCAAUAUGACGCACACCAUACGCCAGUUCUUCCCUCAGCUGCCGGUGUACCCUGCUCUGGGCAAUCAUGACUACUGGCCACAGGAUCAACUUCCAGAGAAUGAAAAUGAUAUUUACGAGGCUGCAGCCAAAUUUUGGUCUCCAUGGCUACAACCAGAAGCCCUUGUUACUCUGCGUAAAGGGGGCUUUUACUCUCAGCUGAUUAAGCCUGGACUCCGGCUGGUGAGCCUCAACACAAACCUUUACUACAGUCCCAACAAAGUUACAGUGAACAUGUCGGAUCCAGCUGGCCAGUAUCAGUGGCUGCAGGACACGCUGGAGCUUUCCAAACAGAACAUGGAGAGGGUCUAUGUGAUUGCUCAUGUCCCGAUUGGUUACCUGCCCUUCGCUAAAAGCACCACAGCCAUGAGAGAAGGCGACAACGAAAAACUCGUGAACAUAUUCCGCAAAUACAGCGACAUUAUUCAGGGACAAUUUUACGGUCACACUCAUCGAGACAGUCUGAUGGUUCUUAAGGAUCGUAAAGGGAAGCCUGUUAACUCCAUCUUCGUGACUCCGGCUGUGACGCCGUACAGAAGUUUUCUAGAGAAACAUUCAAAUAACCCUGGCGUCCGCAUGUACCUGUACAACUCCCAGGACUAUGGCUUGCAGGAUCUUUGGCAGUUCUACUUGAAUCUCACCGAAGCAAAUCGUCAAGAAAAGCCCAAUUGGACGCUUGAAUACGUCAUGACCAAAGCUUUUGGUAUCAAGGACAUUCAGCCUGAAAGCCUACACGAACUGGCCCUGAGGUUUGAGACACCAGACAGCAAAGAAUUUCAGAAGUACUUCACUUAUUACAUGGUCAGUUUCAACGACACUGUUACUUGUACAGAUGAGUGUAAAACAGUACAGGUGUGUUCUGUACAAUUUCUGGACCAUGAGUCGUAUUCAGAGUGUGUGGAAAAAGGUCAAAGGUGGUGAAUUUUAAUACCAAAAGUAUUCGUUAGUUUUUUAUUUAAUUAACUUGCAAUAAAGGGAAUAAAUCUUAGAUUUUCUGCUGAUCUUUUAGUUUACUGGUAUUCUUUUAAAAGUAUACACAAAUACACAAUGCACAAGUGUUGCACUGCAAGAUUUAUUACUAUUACUGGCACCUUAUGACUUGAAAGAAAACAUAUAUGACCAGAUAUUUUCUUUGCAUUUAAUUGAAUAUUUCUUCUAGCCAACAUUUUUUUUUGAUUACUCGAGAAAUAAGAAAUAAUUACUCUGCAUCUUUUGAUUAUUUUGUUUGUUUAUGCUAAUUAUUUAAGUCAAAAAAAGUCACUGAUUAUUUAAAAUUUAAUUAUACAAAAACAUUGCAUUAUCAAAUAUACUUUUCAUUUAUUGUAUGAUGUACUUGACGUACCUAAAACUGUAUUAUUGUCAACAGAGCUGGAAUAUAAUUUUUUUUUUACUAUACUAAAUGCAAUGCUAAUGUUAAAAAUCAAAUAUUAGUUAAAACAAAAAUGAUACUUGAUUUUGGAUCAUUGUUUUUUUUUAUUUGUUGUUUUUUAAGGGAUUUGCAUUGCUUACCAUUUAAAAUUAUAUAAUAUUUUUAUAUAAUUUUAUAUUGAGGCUGCUUUUUUUUCUUCAGGCAUAAUUUUAUGGAUGUUUUGUGGAUAAGAACUGACUGUUAAAAGCAGCUGGGCUGUGAUUGUUCUGUUUUGCUCAUUCUUCUGCACCCUGAUGUACCUGAAUUGUACAUGAAUUUGUGUUUGGUUUAAAACAUAAAAUAAACAAAACAAUGUACCUCUGCUUUUUAAUAUUGAUUAAGACAUUUAUAAUAAAAUACAAUCUAAAGCAUAAAAUACACUAAAGCAUAAGGAAGAAUCAGAGUUUGAAAAGAUGUUUUAGGUGUUUAAAAUGUUAUCUAAGAUGAACAGAGAGGAAAUAAUUGUGAAAAAAGCUAUAUGUUAUAUAUACACACUGUAUUUGUGAAUAAAGACGGCAGUGCACAGAAUACAGAAAUAAACUGAAGUAAUUGAUUAAUGAUUAA